CUCGCGUUGAGCAUGUCUCCGUGCGCCUUGAAAACUCUUCAUCUUAUCAGAUGUCGUGCCAUUGUAGCGGAUCUAUGACCCGAUGUCGCUUGAGGCCAUCCAUGCUAUUGCUCCUGCUCGGCAUCUUCCACCAUGGUCGUUCUGGGCAAGCCUGAUCCGAGUGAUGUCUUUGUUGGUCGUUAGAGUGUUUGACAGGGACCAAACUCCUUUGAGGUGACGACUAUCUAUACCAUUUUUACAAGUCCAACAUAUCACAAGAAAGGGCUUCAAGUUGGACGACGGCAUGCGUGACUCGCAACAUCCUUCAGCUGGCCUUGUCAAUGGCUUCUCUAAUGAUUUCGGUGUCUCUCGUGAGGUCCGAUUUCUACAGGCCGACGAAUUCAAAACACGAACGGGAAUGAGAGAAGAUAUUAUACGUCUGGCAUGGUUGAUUGUUCUCAUGCGCACCAGAGAGGGAAGCCAAGUCUCGUAUGAGUGGGCUCACCGAGACCUCCUGGAUACCCAAUGGCCGGAGCGUGAGGUCGACGGGUCUCACAUUAUCAAAGAACUGGAUGAAAAUGUCGAGACGGUUUCGAACAGGAUUUGGCAAUGUUCUACGCCAUUAAUACCGAGCAAAGUUCCUCCCAAGCAGGAUCCCAUGAUACUUAGUACCGGUACAAUGUUUCAAAAGGAGGAAGAACCAGAAGGUGUGCUUCAGGUGGAAGUCUCGUUCGAUAGCUUAUCCUCUGAGAGGGGCCACCUCGAGAUCAAACCCGUAUUGCGCAGCAGGGAAAUGCUAGAUAAUGAAGUGAUGCGAUAUGUCACAUCCCUAGCGGACACAGUAGAGCUCUGCCUCAUGAACGAUCAAGCCACCAUUCAAGAAUGUUUGGGACCAACACGGAGUGAUCUGGACGAAAUCUGGAGAUACAACCAUGAAUUACCACCAACUUACAACUUCUGUAUGCAAGACAUGGUUUCCGAGCGAGCACAACAAUUCCCGGACAAGAUUGCAAUUGAUUCCUGGGACGGAACUUUGUCUUUUGGUCAGAUUGAGCAAUAUUCGACACGCAUGGCUCAAACUCUGGUGGAAGAGGGCGUUCAACCACAUGACAUUGUACCUUUGUGCUUCGAGAAGUCACGAUGGGCAAUUGUUGCCGUUUUGGCAGCUAUGAAGGCAGGAGCAACUUUUGCAAUGAUGGACCCAUCGCUUCCGCUUGCUCGUCUUCAAAACAUGGCAGUACAGAUUGGCGCUAAGGUCAUUGUUUCCUCCCGCAUCCAGAACGAUUUUGCGACAUCGGUCUUGCCUGAUGGAAAGCAUUUUGUUGUCGAAGAAGAAGCAUUUGCAAGCACAUCUUCGAAAUCCUCAACCAAAACCCUACCGUCCGUCGAUACCGACACUCUAAUGUAUAUUAUCUUCACGUCCGGAAGCACUGGUACCCCGAAAGGUGUUACAAUCUCACACAAGACAUAUACCAGCAGUGCUAUCCCUCGAGCGAAAGCAGUUGGCUAUACUGAGAAGUCCAGAGUCCUUGACUUCGCUUCUUACGCAUUCGAUGUCAGUAUCGAUAGCAUGUUUUUGACUGUUGGCAAUGGCGGCUGUCUUUGCAUUCCUUCCGACGCAGAUCGUCUCAACGACAUUAAUGGGGUGAUCAGAGAUAUGAAGAUCAACUAUGCAGGAAUCACACCUUCUAUGGCCCGAAUCCUGGACCCCGAUGUCAUCAAGUCACUUGACGUCUUGGGCCUUGGCGGAGAAGCGGCGUCCGCCAGAGACGUCAACUUCUGGGGUCAAGACACGAGGAUUGUCAUUGGCUACGGUCCUUGUGAGUGCACGAUUGGAUGCACCAUCAACAGCGACACCGCUACAGGCAGAGACUACAUCUCAAUCGGUACCGGCAACGGAGCUUGUAUGUGGAUCGUCAACCCCGAUGAUCACGAACAAUUGAUGCCAGCUGGGGCUGUUGGUGAAUUGCUUGUUGAAGGACCAAUUGUCGGACAAGGUUAUCUCAAUGAUCCUGAGAAGACUGCGACGGUUUUCAUCAACGAUCCCUCUUGGCUCGUCGAAGGUCACGAGAAGUAUGCUGGACGCCGUGGUCGACUAUACAAGACUGGAGACCUUGGAAAGUAUGACCCAGACGGUUCUGGUGGUAUCAUCUUCGCUGGACGAAAGGAUACUCAAGUCAAGCUUCGUGGUCAACGCGUUGAGCUAGGCGAGAUUGAGAGUCAGCUUGGAGCACAAUUACCUUCUGGCACCACCGUAAUCGCCGAGGUGAUCGUCCCUCAGGGAUCGGGAGGUCAAGCUACUCUUGUAGCUUUUGUUGCGCCUGGAUCCACAAAGGGACAUGGUCAAACAGAAAUCAGCUCGAUCCAACUCCCAGAUGACCUGCGCGAAGCUCUUUCGAAAGCUGAUAAGGAGGUCAAGAAGACACUACCCCGCUACAUGGUGCCCACUUCCUAUAUUCCGGUCAACCACAUUCCAGUCUUGAUCUCAGGUAAGACUGACCGCAAGCAACUCAAAGCUUUUGGUACAACGGUCGAUUUGAGAGACCUAGAUCAAGGCUCUGCCGAUGCAGGUCGUGAACUGAACGAUUUGGAGAAACGACUUCAGCAGGCCUGGAGUCAGGUAUUGAAUUUGGACGCUGCAGGCAUUCGUCUUGAAGAUAACUUCUUCGCUCUCGGUGGUGACUCCUUAGCAGCGAUGAGACUUGUGUCAACUUGCAGAGCGCAAGGUCUGGUUUUGUCCGUUAUUGACACAUUUGGCAAUCCAAACCUCUCGGCGAUGGCCAGCGUUGUUAAGGUUGGCGAUGCUCAAGCACAAAAGGAGAUACAAGCAUUCUCAACUAUCACACGUCCUGUGGAAGACGCUCGUCUUGAAGCUUCACAAGCUUGCAAGACCAACGCUGCUGACAUCGAGGAUAUCUAUCCUUGCACCCCCACACAAGAGUCACUCUUCACUUUCUCGCUCAAAUCGGUCGAGCUGUAUCUUGCACAAAGAGUGGCAGCAAUACCACAAGACAUGGAUGUCGAAGCACUAAAGAAGGCCUGGGAGAAGGUCGUCGCCGCAAACCCCAUCCUUCGCACUCGUGCUGCACAACUCCAAGAGCCUGGACUUCAGCAGGUUGUGUUGAAGGAAGGCAUCUCUUGGAGAUAUGCAACCGACUUGAAACAGUACCUUGAGAAUGACAAGAGCGAGAGAAUGGACCUUGGUGAAAACUUGGCUCGCUACGCUAUUGUUGACUCUGCAGAGUCUGGCAAGCGAUACAUGGUGUGGAGCGUUCAUCAUUUACUCUACGAUGGAUGGUCGGAGCCUCUGAUCCUCAAGCAAGUCAGCGAUGUCUUGUUUGAUCAACCUCUUGAGAUUCCAGCACGUAUGAGAGAUUUUGUCGAAUAUGUUCGCGAGACAGACGAGACGGCCAUGCAAGAAUUCUGGCGUCAGGAGCUGAAGGGAGCAGUCGGGCCUCAGUUCCCACGCAUGCCAUCCCGAGACUUUGUCCCGACUCCUGAUGCAAUGGUCGAGCGUAUAAUUCCUAUUGAGACUGGUUCUGGCUCACCAUUCACGCUGGCGACGUUGAUUCGCGGUGCUUGGGCGCUUGUUGCUUCGCAGUACUCCGGAAGCGAUGAUGUACUGUUUGGUGAAACACUCACCGGACGUGACAUCUCCCUCGCUGGAGUCGAGGGUAUCGUUGGUCCACUGAUCGCUACGGUGCCUAUCCGCAUUCGCAUCAACCGCACAAGCACGCUCGAGUCAUUCUUGCAGUCUAUCCAACAGAGUAUCCUAGCACGCACCCCGUAUCAGCAUAUGGGAUGGCAGAAUAUCAGAAAGGUCAGCCAGGAUGCUCAACAUGCUUCUGAGGCUCCGACCGGCCUCGUCAUUCAACCUGAACCUGAAUAUGUAGGCAACGACCUCGGUUUUGAGCUAGGCGAUGUCGUUCGUGAAGCGCUCCACUUCAAUCCUUACCCACUCAUGGUGGGUUGUGGUAUUCGAAGGGAUGGCUUCAGAGUUUGUGCCAACUUUGACAGCAGUCUGAUUGAGAUUCCUCAAAUGGAGCGUAUCCUUGCACAGCUUGAAGUGGCUUGCUCACAAUUGACCAAAGAUCUCUCAAGAACAGUCGGUGAGGUGAGCUGUCUGCCUGAGUCAGAGCUGAACCAGAUCUGGAAAUGGAACCAGACUCCGCCGUUGGCAUUUGAUGAGUCUACCAAGCGAUUGGGAGCAACCGCCAACACGAAGCAAGGUUCUGUCUAUCCUAGUGCGGCCGUGUCGUGGGUGUGCGAUUCCCGUAACUCAUCUUACCUGACGCCCAUCGGCUCCGUAGGUGAGCUUUGGCUCGAGAGCAACUUCCUUCCGGGCGAUGUUGUCGAGUCACCGGCUUGGCUUCUUGCUGGAAGCUCAUCCUAUCCUGGCCGUGUUGGAAAGGCUCAAGCCACAGGGGACUUGGUCGAGUUGCGUGCUGAUGGAAGCUUAGCCUUCAUCGCUCGUAAGGACAACUUUUUGCCCAUCCAAGGCCAUGCUGUAGACUUCGCUGAUCUCGAGGCACACGUGGCGAGAUAUCUGCCACCUGCCACUCGUGGUGCUACUGCAGUGAUGCAGUCGUCACCAGAGAGCAAUCAAGAGAUUGUUGUCUUCAUUGAUCAGCGACCCUCUCUUGAGGACAGUGUCAAUGUCUUGACUGAGGACCAUCGGGUGCAAGGAAGCGAGACCACAAUUUGUGCCAGCAUACCAGUCGAACUUGCUGUCGCGCUGAAGAAGCUUGACAAGUACAUCCACGACUCACUGCCUUCUUAUGUCGCACCCUCCGCAUACAUUGUGAUUGACAUUUUGCCUACCAACAAAGCAGGACAGAUUGAUCAUGAUAGACUCAACCAGCUGGCUUCGAAUAUCUCCUCUGAGGUACUCAUUCAGCUUCGCCAAGGGCUUGAGCAAGCAUGGUCGACCGGCGCUGCUCAGACUCAAUUGACAGUUCCAGAAGAGAUUCUCAGAACAGCUUGGGCCAGCAUUCUUCGCAUUGGCACAGACAAGAUUGACGUGGAUGACAACUUCUUCCGUCUCGGUGGUGAUUCUGUACUCGCAAUGAAGCUGGUCUCAAGCCUCCGUUCUCAAGGUCAUGCUUUGUCAGUGGCCGACAUAUUCCAGCACAUGCGCUUGGGUGACGCGGCCAAGGUCAUGAAAUUGGAUGCUGUAACGAAAGCCAAAAAACAGACACAAGCUUACAAGCCAUUCUCAACGUUGGGUCAUGCAAAUAUCGAGGCUUUCUUAUCCGAAACAGUCAGACCCAAACUUGCUGAGUCGAGCUGGCCUGUCCGCGACGUCCUUCCAGUGACUGAUACACAGGCACUUGAUAUCGCACAGACCGUUUCAGCACCACGAACAUCGCUGCAAUACACCACGCUGAUUUUCGAACAUGGCGUCAACAGCGAGAAGUUGAUUGAUGCUUGCAAGCAGCUCGUUCAGACUCACGAUAUCCUUCGUACUGUCUUUAUCGAGCAUGGUUCGACCUUCUACCAGGUCGUGCUGCAAAGCUUAGACAACGCGGUUGUCAGCAAACGAGUCGAAGGUGAUAUCAAGCAGCAGGUCGCUGAGCUCUGCGCGGCCGAUGUUGAGCAAGAGUUCGCUCUGGGUGAUUCUUUCACCAAAAUCUACCACGUCCAAGGUGAUGACGGAAAAGAAGGCCUCGUUUUCCGUCUCUCGCAUGCUCAGUAUGACGGUAUGUCUCUGCCUGCUCUGCUCACCGAUCUUGAGACCCUCUACACUGGUGGCAAGAUUACCAGCGAGCCCUUUACUAGCUACAUCGCUGCCACAUUGGAGCCAUCUAUUCAACAAAAGUCAACGGCCUACUGGAGAGACCUCCUUUCCGGCUCUUCGCUGUCUUCUCUGGGAACCACUGUUCAAGAAAGUGAAAAGGGCCUUUUCAAGUCUGCAGCCGUCGACAUUGCAAACAAGCCUUCCGAUGUGACAACAGCAAACAUCCUCACAGCAGCAUGGUCUCUGGUAUUGGCUCGUCGCCUACACACCUCCGAUGUUGUCUUCGGCGCAGUGACAUCUGGCCGCAACGUCCCCUCACUCGCCAAUGUCGACAACAUAAUGGGCCCCUGCUACCAAUUCACAUCCGUCCGCGUGUCCCUCGACAAAUCCCCAGACAUCCCGAGCCUCCUUCGCAACAUCGCCACCCAAGUCGCCGAAUCCAGCUCCCACGACUUCCUCGGCUUCUCCCGCAUCGCCGCAGCCGUGGGUUGGGAAAACACCACCGGUUUCCAAAGUCUGGUGCAUCAUCAGGAUGACGAAGAUGAUGUGGAUACCAUGCCUUUCGCUGGUGGAGUGUGUAAUGUUGAUUUGAUCAAGCCGCAUGGAGAUAGUCCUGCUCCGUUCAAGGUUGUUAGUUUUGUCAAAGGUGGGGAGACACAUGUUGGUGUUGUUGGUGCUGAGAGAGAGGGCGGGUUUGUGGAGGAGGUGUUGGGUGAGUUGAUCGGUGCUGUUGGGGAGGUGUUAGGUGGUGGAAGUCUGAAGAUUUAGAUUGUCAUGGUAGGAUUUGAUAUUGUAAUUUAGUGAUUGAUGGAGAAGGGAAAGAGGUAUGUGGGU